AUGUCGUCGUUUCCGGCGAGUCCGGGCCGACGCGCACACGUCGUCGCGUCGCGCCCGUAUCCGCGUUCGGGGAUGCGACGCGGCGUGUCGAGCGUCUUCGCGACGCGAUGGGAGAGCCUGAGGGAUGACGAGCGCCGCGAGCUGGCGGAGAUGAGGGUGCGGCACGCGGCCGGCGUCGAGAGGUUGUCUUCUCGUUGCAUCACCGCCGCGCUGGGACUGCGAGCCGACCGAGAGCCGUCCGCGAAGAUGCAAGCGCUCGGUCACCUCGUGAAGGCGAAGAUGGCGUCCGGAGAAUUCGCCGCGGCGUGGGAGGCGAGAAACGCGGCGAACAAAGUCGCGCUCGAAGAGAGACUGCGCGCGGAAGACGCGGUGUUGGAGUCGUCUGCCGCCGUCGAGAACGUGCAGCAUUUGCUCGCGCAGCAGGAGGACGAGCUCGACGAGCUGAGGCGCCGCCAGCGCGCGCGACGGACGCGAUUGGAACGCGAGGAAAAGAAAGCGACAGAGGACCAGAACCGCCGCUGGAGAGAGCGCGCGGGCGCGGGGGCGACCGUCGACCGCGCGUUCGCCGCGUCGGCGUCGACUCGUCAUUGUCAUUCCCCCCCGGAGACGGCGACGCCGAGGGACGAAGACCGCGGCGGCGCGCCCGCGUGGGCGGAGACCCCGGCGACGCCGCACUUCGCCACGCCGGGUGAAACGCGCGUGCCGACCAAGACGCGACUCCCGAUGACGCCGCCGCCGCCGCCACCGCCGUCGCCGUCGCCGUCGAGAUCGCGCGCGUUGGACGCGUUUCUUCGCGCGUCCGGUCGCGACGCGGCGGAGACGGCCGCCGCGCCCGCGUCGUCUCCGGGCGGCGCCGCGGGGGCGAUGGCGGCCGGGUUGAUCUCGCGCGUCGGCGACGCGCGCGCGGCGUCGAGUCGUCCUCCGUCGGAGAGGGCCGCCCUCGAGCGAGCGCCCGCGGCGGCGCCGGUCGUCGCGUCCGCGUCGCCGCCGCCGCCGACGACGACGACGCGGCCGAGUCCGUCGCCGUACGCGUUCGGGAGCCGUCCCUCGUGGACGCGCGCGCCUCGAGCGCCGGUGUACGAACCCCCCGAGGCGCGAGCGCGUCCGGUGCCCGUCGUGGAGCCGGACCGGAACCCCCGCCCGCUUCAAACGCGGCCGGAGAACGUGCCGCCGUUAAACUUGAGCCUCGCGCUGACGCGGGAAGAGACGCGCGCGAAGACGUUCGCGAGGGCGAAGACGCCCGAGACCAGGGCCGCGGCCGUUCACGCGUACGGCGACGGCGUCACGCGCGGGUUCUCCGCGUCGGACGGGCGCCAACGCGGCGCGGAGUUGACGUCGCCGUGGGGUUCGAAGACCGCGUGGACGAGCGGUCAAGUCUUCAUUCGCGGCGACGCGAGCGAGAACCAAAAGUCGCGCGGCGGCGACGACGACGCGGGGUCGGGGUGGAGCGACGACGAUAGCUCGACGACGACGGUCGACGAGGGCGACGACGCGGUGUGGGGUAAAUCGAAAGGGGCGUUUAGAAGUAGAGUACUCGAGAAGGGCGGUCGCGUCGGCGGGGUUGACAUGCGUCGCGUCGGGGCGGCGAGCGAAGACGGCGGCGACGGCGACGGCGGCGACGGCGGCGACGCGUCGGAGGAUGCGGAGGAGGGCGGCGCGCGCGGUCGACGACCGACGGGCUCGUUCGCGGCGCAGAGAAGGGCGCCUCGCCACGGAGUGCACCUCCCGUCCGCGGUCGAACUGAACACGCCGUUGAAGGUGCAGACGUGA